GCGUUCCACGCAAAAGCACACAAAGGGGGGCAAAAAGAGAAGAGAGAGAAAGUGAGAAACAAGACCGUUUUGAGUUUGAGAGACGCCAUCGGACUUGAAAUCUACAAUUCGCCGGAAUUUUGAAACUGGUUUUGCUUCCGAACACUAGGGUUCUUGUCCGAAGCCACAAGAAACUUGGGGAAUUGUCGCCUGCAGAGGCUACUUUAGUUUGAGAUUCUCUUCGGUUGCUUUAUGAAGUUGAAUUCGGAACCUGCGAUUCUGGAUUUCGAAGAGCUGUGGGAGUUCAAUUUGGAAUCAAGAGGGUUGGGUUUUGUUGGGAAAUUUUUGUUGUGAUGUUUACGCCGCAGAAGUUGUGGUCGCUCACACCCAAGAGGGGAACUUUGUCCGGUCCCAAUUCUGGUGAUGGCACUGCUUCUAAAGGGAAGAGUCUUGCUUUUCUUGAAGCCAAGACGCUGGCUUCUGGUUCUGUUCGGGAAAAUGGGGACAACGGAUUAGUGGGAUCCGGUGGAGCAGCUAUGGAUCGGGAAGUUUUAGUUGAGAGAAUUUCCAGUCUUGAAAAGGAGCUUUAUGAUUACCAAUUCAAUAUGGGGCUUCUAUUGAUUGAAAAAAAAGAGUGGAACUCCAAGUUGAACGAGCUAAGCCAGGAGUUACAGGAAGUGAGGGAUGCUCUUGAGCAAGAAAAGUCAGCUCAUUUAAUUGCCAUAUCUGAAGCUGAGAAACGAGAAGAUAAUCUAAGGAAGGCCUUGGGUGUUGAGAAGGAGUGUGUGCUUGAUCUUGAGAAGUCUUUACGAGAAAUGCGUGCUGAGCAUGCAGAGAUCAAAUUCAGUGCAGACUCAAAGCUGGCUGAAGCAAAUGCUUUGGUGGCUAGCAUUGAAGAGAAAUCUUUGGAAGUAGAGGCCAGGUUACGUGCUGCUGAUGCCAAGCAUGCAGAAAUGAACAGGAAGAGUUUAGAGAUGGAUAGAAGAUUGAAAGACUUGGAAGCCCAAGAAUCUGCACUUCGAAGAGAGCGCUUAUCAUUUAUUGCAGAGAAAGAAUUGCACGAGAGUACAUUAUCUAAGCAGAGGGAGGACUUGCGAGAAUGGGAAAAGAAAGUGCAGGAGGGAGAGGAGAGGCUAGCAAAGAGUCAGAGAAUUCUCAAUGAAAGAGAGCAGAGGACAAAUGAGACUGACAGAAUAUUGAGGCAGAAAGAGAAGGAACUUGAAGACACUCAUAAGAAUAUUGAAGCCUCCAAUGUGGCCUUGAGAAGCAAAGAAGAUGACAUAAACAGCAGGCUUGCAAAUAUAAAUCUAAAAGAGAAGGAAUAUGAUGCAAUGAGAAUGAAAUUGGACCUGAAAGAGAAGGAGCUGUCUGUGUGGGAGCAAAAGCUCAAUGAUAGAGAAAAAGUUGAGAUUCAAAAGCUCCUUGAGGAACACAAAGCUACACUUGAUUUGAAAAAGCAGGAGUUUGAUGUGGAAUUGGACGAGAAAAGGAAAUCUUUCGAAGCUGGACUACAGGAUAGAAUGGUGGAACUGGAAAAGAAAGAGGUAGAAAUCAACCACAUGGAGGAGAAAGUUGCAAAGCGUGAACAAGCAUUGGAAAAGAAAACAGAGAAGCUUAGGGAAAAAGAGAAAGAGUUUGAAUUGAAAUUGAAAGGUUUGAAGGAAAGGGAGAAGUCUGUUAAGUCUCAGGAGAAGAACUUGGAGAAAGAGAAAGGGCAAUUAGAAUGCGAGAGGGAGAGAUUGCUCAGUAUGAAAACUGAAGCUGAGAAGAUAAGGACUGACAACGAAGAAGAGCUGCAAAGGAUACAUGAAGAGACAAAUCGUCUUAAAGUGACUGAGGAAGAGAGGUCAGAAUAUGUGCGCUUGCAGUCAGAAUUAAAGCAAGAAAUUGAUCAGUACAGGCUUCAGAAAGAACUGCUUCUGAAAGAAGCUGAUGAUUUGAGGCAGCAAAAGGAAAUUUUUGAACGAGAUUGGGACGAACUUGACCUGAAAAAAGCAAACAUUGACAAGGAGCUGAAAGCUGUGACUAAACAGAAGGAAGAAAUAUCUAAACUGCAACAAUUUGAAGAAGAGAAGUUAAAGAAUGAGAAGCAGGCAACUGAAGAAUACUUACAAAGGGAGUUGGAAGCUCUUAAGUUGGCUAAAGAGUCAUUUGCUAUUCAAAUGGAGGAUGAGAAGUCUGAAUUAGCUGAAAAAUCUCAAAGUGAGAGGAGCCAAAUGCUUCUGGAUUUUGAGCUGCGGAAAAAAGAACUUGAAGCUGAUAUGCAGAAACAGCUAGAGCAGAAAGAAAACAAUUUCCUAGAGAGCAAGAAAUUAUUUGAGGAAGAAAGAGAGCGGGAAUUAAGUAAUAUUAACUAUUUGAGAGAAGUAGCCCACAGAGAGAUGGAGGAAAUGAAACUUCAAAGGAGUAAAGUAGAAAAGGAAAAACAAGAAGCUGCUGAGAAUAAGAUGCAUAUGCAAAGGCAGCGGCUGGAAAUGCGAGAGGACAUUGAUGUGCUUGUAGACCUUAACAGCAAGCUGAAAAAUCAACGGGAGCAGUUUGUAGAGGAGAGACAGCGUUUCAUUAAUUUUGUUGAGAAACUCAGGAGUUGCCUGAAUUGUGGUGAAAUGGUCUCUGAAUUUGUGUUGUCUGAUUUACAAUCCUUAGCUGAAAUUGAAAAGAUAGAGGUUCCUUCACUUCCAAAAUUGACUGAUGAUAUCAUGCAAGGUAGUCCUGAUGUAAAUCUGGUCUCAGGGCAAGAUACUGGAGUGUCACCUGCAACUGUGUCAAAAUCUCCAGUCUCUGGUGGAACAAUAUCUUGGCUGCGAAAAUGCACCUCUAAGAUAUUCAAAAUCUCCCCAGGUAGAAAGAUCGAGUCUGAAGAUGUCCAUGCUUCAAGAGAGGCAGUGACUUUGUCUGUUGAAGAGGGUAGACUUGAGGAACCAUCAGGGGGAAUUCCUGGCCCUGAAAACGAAGAAGAGUUAUCAUUUGCAAUUCUAAGUGAUUCUUUUGGUGUUCAGAGGACCCAUCCUGACAAUGACCUGACACAGGCUGAAGCUGAGAAAGAUUUAUCCAUUGACAAUCAGAGCAAUAUUGACAGCAAGGCACUGGAAGCUCCAGAAGACUCUCAGCUUUCUGAUUCAAAGGGGGGUCAGCAGAAACCUCGCAAAAGAGGAAGGGCCAGAAUAAAGCGUAAUUACUCUGUGAGAGCUGUUGUCAAAGAUGCUAAGAACAUACUUGGGGAACCCUUGAAUGAUGAUGAGACUGAAUAUCCAAAUGGAACUGCUGAGGAUUCUGCCAACGUAGAUAAUGAGACACGGAAACCAUCCAGGAGAAGAAUGCCAGCAAAUGCCAGAAAACGAAAUCAUGUUCAAACGUCUCAAAUGACAGAGAGUAAAAAUGAUGAUGUCAAUGAAGGACAAUCUGAUAGUGAAGUACAAGGGCAACCAAAAAGGAGGAGGAGGAAGGUUGCUCCUCCUGUGCGUGAGCCAAGAUAUAAUUUGAGACGACCCAAAGCUGGAACAGCAGCCACAUCUAGCCGAGCCUUGUCUGGAGGCGGUAGCAAAGAAAGUGAGGGAGAGGUUGAUCGUGUAAAAGAAACAGAGGAUGCAAUUUUUCACUCUAAAACUUCUUCACUCUCAAUGGGUGUCCCUAAUGAGAAUGGUGGGAACACACUUCCUGUGCAGUCUGAGAAAAUUGUGGAGAUCCAGGAUGGCUCUGGUGAAACGACAAGGAACGCUGCCAACAACACUGCCUUGAGUGAGGAGGUGAACGGAACACCGGACGAUGCGGGGAAUCACGAUGCCGAGUAUAUGAGCGAAGAGUCCCGUGGCGAAGACACAGCAGACCGUGAAGAAGAUGAAGACAUUGAACGUCCUGGGGAAGCUUCUAUAGGGAAGAAGCUGUGGAAUUUUUUUACAACAUAAUUCUUUUCUUAUGUUGCAGCUUCAACCCUUUAGGCAUUGAUGUCAUUGGUAGGCUGAUGGGUAGUAGUCUGUAUUAACUGUUAAAAACAUAAAUGUAAGUUGUAACCACGCAAGUACCUAGGACUACUCAGAGCAGGAUGUUGGAUUUUUUUGUUUUUUGGUGCUCAUUUUUAUUUGGGGUCAAGGACAUUAAGGCCCUCUGUACUAUUGACAGUCUUAGGCAUUGAAUAGUAGUAGUUUUCAGUGUUAGGGUGGAAAUUAAGCUUAUUCCUCUAUUGAAAAAUUGAUUGUUGUAUCAAAAUGUUUUAGAAUCUUCUCUGAAA